AUGGCUGACGCGGGUGUCAAUAUACUCCUCCUUGGGUGUGGCGCAGUUGGCACCCUGGCGGCCGUCACCUUACAGAAGUCAAAUCAAGCAACCGUGACAGCUGUUUUGAGAUCCAACUUCGCGGCAGUAGCAAAGAAUGGAUUCACGAUUGAUAGUGUUGAUCAUGGCAAACUCUCUGGCUGGCGUCCAUCCCAUGUCGUGCGCUCUGUCCAAGAUGCCAUUCAGUAUGGGCCGUUCCACUUCGUUGUUGUGGCAAUGAAGAGCCUUCCCGAUGUCUAUUCAAUUCCACAGCUUGUCGCCCCUAUCGUCGCCGAAUCCCAGUCGAUAAUUGUUUUGAUUCAGAAUGGUAUCGGCAACGAACAGCCAUUCAUCGAUGCGUUUCCUAGGAUAAUCGUUCUCUCUGGCGUGAGCAUGAUCGGUGCCCACCAACUAGAGAACGGCAUUAUCCAACAUAGUCACCCUGAUAUCCUCCAUCUAGCUCCAUUCUAUAAUGCAGCUGUUGCCAAAGAGGAGCAAGACCGAGUCGCAGCAUAUUUUGCUUCAUUGUACAGCGCCGGUGGAGCUACCUGUGUCAUUGUCGAAGAUAUUAUUUGGAUGCGUUGGAAAAAGCUUGUGUGGAAUGCGUCUUUCAGCAGUGCUUGUGUCAUGACAGGCUUGGAUGUGACAUCUGUCAUAGAUGCUGGUGGUGUGGAGACGAUGAUUCGCCCAGUGAUGGAUGAGAUUGUCAAUAUUGCUCAGGCUAGUGGGUAUAUCCUGCCAGACAAUAUCCAAGAGGUGUCAAUUGCUUCGAUGUCUCGAGAACUACGAUUUCGUCCGAGCAUGUUGGUUGACGCAGAUCGCGGUAACCCUAUGGAGGUCGAGGUCAUCCUUGGAAAUCCCCUCCGUAUAGCUCGGACUCUGGGAUGUGAUGCACCAUUUUUGCAAAUGAUAUACGGCUGCCUGCAGAUGAUCCAAUGGAAAUUUGGAAAGCAACAGUCGAAGAGGAUUGAGAUCUAA